CUCCCUCAGGGAGGCGCCCGCUGUUAGCAUGUUAGCCUAACUUAGCUAACGCCCUGGUUUUUUUUUUAACGUAACGUAUCUUUUACAUAAAUGCUUAACGUGUAUGGUGACUUCCGACCGACCGAGUGUAGCCGCCGCAGUCCACUCCGUCGCCGCGACGGACCGCUCGGUGCUAGCGAGGCGGCUAAGUGAACAUGGGUGACGUUGCAGUUGGAGUGAAGAGAGGAUCAGACGAGCUGAGUAUGUACAACAGUCCCAACUCUGGCAUGAGCAGUAUCAGCGAUGGGGCUUCCAACGGCAGCGACAGUAAAAAGCUCAAGGUGGAGGAAGCCCCCCCGUCCCGCGUGCUCCACAUCCGGAAGCUCCCCAACGAGGCGUCAGAGACGGAGGUCGUCGCCCUCGGCCUGCCUUUCGGCAAAGUCACCAACAUCCUCACGCUAAAGGGAAAGAACCAGGCAUUUUUGGAGAUGGGGACAGAGGAGGCGGCCAUCACUAUGAUCAACUACUACACCACAGUAUCUCCUCAGGUCCGCAAUGCCCCCGUCUUCAUCCAGUACUCCAAUCACAAGGAACUCAAAACAGAUGCUGGAAAUCAGCGGACCCAGGCCAUGCUGCAGGCGGUGUCGGCGGUGCAGUCUGGCGGCUCGCCAAGCUCCGACGUGCAGGACGCUCUCGCCGCAGCCUCCAGCCCCGUGCUGCGGAUCAUCAUCGACAACAUGUUCUACCCCGUAACGCUGGAUGUGCUGCAACAGAUUUUCUCCAAGUUUGGCACAGUGAUGAAGAUCAUCACAUUCACCAAGAACAAUCAGUUUCAGGCCCUGCUUCAGUUCAGUGAUCCAGUCAAUGCACAGCAGGCCAAACUGGCAUUGGAUGGUCAGAACAUCUACAACUCGUGUUGCACGCUGCGCAUUGACUUCUCCAAGCUGGUCAACCUGAACGUCAAGUACAACAACGAUAAGAGUCGUGACUACACGCGGCCCGAGCUCCCCGCCGGCGACGGACAGCCAAGCCUCGACCCCUCGGUGGCCCACGCCUUCAGUAAAGAUUCUAACUCCCUCCUCGGUAAGAUCCCAGGAGCCCUGAGCCCUCUAAGCGCGGCGGCGGCAGCCGCUGCUGCUGCAGGGCGGGUGGCCCUGGCUGGACAGACAGGGUCCAGCGGGGUCCUGCUGGUCAGCAACCUCAACGAGGAGAUGGUUACGCCCCAAAGUCUGUUUACCCUCUUCGGAGUGUACGGCGAUGUCCAGAGGGUGAAGAUUCUGUACAACAAGAAGGACAGCGCUCUCAUCCAGAUGUCCGAUGCCAACCAGGCGCAGCUAGGACUGUCUGUUUAUGUUCGAGCGCUACAGAGAAGAAUAUCGGCGAGAUACAUUUCAUUUCGAUACAGCAAUGAGCCACCUGAAUGGCCAAAAGAUGUACGGGAAGAUCAUCCGCGUGACUCUGUCGAAGCACCAGACGGUGGCACUGCCCCGCGACGGCCUGGACGACCAGGGCCUGACCAAGGACUUUGCCAAUUCCCCGCUCCAUCGCUUCAAAAAACCUGGAUCCAAAAACUUCCAGAACAUCUUCCCGCCCUCUGCCACGCUCCACCUCUCCAACAUCCCACAAGAUGUGACGGAGGACGACCUGCGACUGCUCUUCUCCAACGCCGGAGGCACCGUGAAAGCGUUCAAGUUUUUCCAGGAUCGCAAAAUGGCUCUGAUCCAGAUGUCGACAGUGGAGGAGGCCAUCCAGGGCCUGAUCGAUCUGCACAACUACAACAUGGGAGGCAACCAGCACCUGAGAGUCUCCUUCUCCAAGUCCACCAUUUGAGAGAGAGAGAACCCACAAAACUCCUGACAGGAGAGAGAGGCGUUCGCUGUCUCGGGAGCCGGUCGGAAAUCUCUCAGCCUGUGUCUGGACACUGGGGGUUGGGGGGGUGGUGGUGGUGGAGGACCACAUUGAUCGAAUCAUUUUUCUUGUUUGGGUUUUGUUGAUCCUGUCAUUCCUUGAGAGACACUGAAACCUUUGACAUGCAUCCUUCUUUUUUCUUUUCUUCUUCUUUUUUUUUUUUUAAAGAGAACAAAUAAGCGUGUUGCAAAUACUGGAUCCUCCCAGCUAUUAACUGUACCUCUGUAUUUUUAUGUCAAAAAAAGUUGACAUGAUCGAAUGUCCUUCUGUGCGAUAGUUCGAUGUAGAUCAAUGUUUAAUUCUCGAUUUUAGUUCAACGAUACAGUACUUGUGUGCCUUACUUGACAUCAUCAGCUGUUUGGUGGACAUCGUCAUUAUUAACCCUCUCCUUUGCUUUCGAGGCACAUUGGUAUAGAAUAUUAUUUUUGGUGGUUGGUGAAAAUACAAGCUGUUUUUACAAUCCUCUAGACAUUAUUACAGUGUUUUGACAUUCUGCCACCAACAAGCAAAGCUUUUUUUUUUUGGUUUUAUUUCGUUUUAGAUUCAUAACAUUUUCCUUUUUAGUUUAGGAGCAGAAGAGAGGAAUGUUCCCGCGGCAACACUUAAAUAGUUUUUACAGCAGCCUGCGACAGGCAGUUUGACUUGAAUUCCAUUAUUCCAGGGGUUUUCAAAGCUGGGGAAGCAUCUCCCCCUAUACCGCACCGUAGUUUUCUAAAUUUCUAGACGCUUAUAGAAGCAUGGUUUUCUUUUAAUUUGAUCCCGUAGACACAACAAAUUGAGCACAGAUAGCCUAAUAUUAGUGUUUGACAUAACUUCAGUCUACACCAAAUACAUAACCAAGGUCUGUCCUAAGGGUUUUAUUUGUUUCUAAUUCUGGGGAAACGGUUAACCUCAACCUCUUAAAGCCAGCCCGCCUCCCACUUUGAAAACCCCUUGCGUUAUUCCACAAGUGUGCUCAGUGUAAGAUUUUUCUUUUCCCCCCGCAGUUUGGGCUCCACAGAUCCUGCUUAAGAUAAACCCACGUUAAAUGUAGCUCACAGCUGAGUGUUUCUUUAUCUGUGUGUGUUUUUGAAGCCUUUUUCAGGCUCUUUUUUUUCUCUCCCCCCACAUCAGUGAGGUGUAUUUGUCAGCGACGGCGGCUUUUUCCUACGCACGUACAGUGACGAACAGGAUCUCCCGUCAGAAAAGUGUUGCAUGCCGUGGAAGCGGAUAGAAGACGUGUAAGUCCACUGUGAUUUCAUUGUCAUGUGACAGUUUUACUUGAGAGGGCUACUCAGUUGGACCAAAGUUUCUGUGCCUUUAGUUUUCCUUUAAUUCAUAAAAAAAAAAAGAAAUACAACACGCGCAAUUGAAAACACCGAAAUGUAUUUCAGGAAAAGAAAAAAAUAGUUGAGUUAAUUCCCACUUGGUUUUUUUUUAUACAGUAAGACCUCUUGACUUAAGAUAUUUUCUCAGAAAUAAUAGUUAUGUAUAUUUUUCCCCUCUAAGGUCUGAUUUUAUACAGCUCAACGUGUAAACGAUUUGGUAUAGUUCUGAGGCACAAUUAAAGGAUGAAUUCUUUUCUAACAA